UCUGGGGAACCAGGACCAGAAGGAGAACCUGGUAUUAAGGGAAGCCCAGCAGUCCCAGGCACAAAUGGGCUAAAAGGCUUCAAGGGUUUACAAGGUCAUUCAGGAGAGAGAGGACAAGAUGGUAUCCACGGAGCCAUGGGCCCGACUGGUACAAAUGGAAUGACUGGGGACACUGGACUUCCAGGUCCAAAAGGUUUUUCAGGAAAGCCAGGAACAAGUGGCCUCCAGGGACCUGUAGGGAAAAGUGGAGAUGCUGGAAGUACAGGAACGAAAGGAACACCUGGAAAGCUGGGAAAAAGAGGGGCAAAUGGGAAAGACGGCAUUAGUGGACUUGCAGGGAUGGAAGGAAGCAAGGGCAAGAGAGGAGAUAAAGGGCCAAGAGGAAAACCAGGCCCCCUAGGAAAGAUGGGCAUGCCUGGACCACGUGGACACACGGGACCUCCAGGUGUACAGGGUAACAUUGGACCGUGGGGUGAGGUUGGGCCCAGAGGCCCUCCAGGUGAACCAGGGCCACAAGGACCAGUUGGGUCCAGUGCAGUCAGAGGUUACCCUGGUAACAAUGGACUUCAAGGGCCAAAUGGCCCACCUGGUGUCAAAGGUGACAAGGGGUCCAAAGGGCCUCCAGGAGAGGAGGGACUUGCAGGUCUCGAUGGUGAGGAGGGUUCUGUUGGACUCCAGGGGGUUGAGGCACGACCUGGACUAAAAGGCACCCCAGGUGAUAAAGGCAGCAAAGGCCCUCCAGGUUGGAGAGGCCCAAAGGGAACUGAAGGUGACCGUGGUGUCAGAGGCCCCCAGGGAGUGAAGGGCCCGCCAGGGAAACAGGGGUAUACUGGUGUCCAAGGGGACAGAGGUGCACCGGGAUCCUCUGGACUCAAGGGUCAAGAAGGCCAGAGGGGUGUCGAGGGGAUGCUUGGACAGUUUGGUCCAGGGGGAGAUACUGGAAAACCUGGAGCCAAAGGACAGAAGGGUCUUCAGGGACAUACAGGCCCCGCUGGCCGCAUCGGUCCUCCGGGUCUUAUUGGACCAUCCGCACCAGGUUUGCCAGGCAAAGCGGGUCCUGGUGGCAAAUCUGGGAAUCCUGGCCCAAAGGGCAGUGUAGGGAAGGAAGGUCAUCUUGGUCCUCCAGGCGUCAAAGGAGACAUGGGAAUAACAGGUGAAAAGGGUGCAAAAGGAGAGCCUGGAAUACAAGGCGCAACGGGAAAAGUGGGAAGUUUGGGCUUUACUGGGCCUCCUGGUUCUAAAGGUCGACCUGGAUCUGCUGGUCCUCCUGGUCCUCAUGGAAAUAAGGGGACUCAAGGGAUAACAGGAUGGUCAGGUCAGCCUGGAAAAAAAGGGAACAAAGGAGCCCUGGGGAAAACUGGACCUGAAGGUCCACUAGGGAAACCUGGACCUGCAGGGAGACCUGGAAUACCAGGUCUAAAUGGUUUGGACGGUUUACAUGGGGUUCAGGGUAAUGAAGGAUAUCCGGGUCACACUGGCUACACAGGAACGCCUGGUGUCCCGGGGAGGCCUGGUAAAAAGGGUGCACCUGGACCACCUGGGAUCACGGGGAACAUUGGCGCACAGGGCCUUAAGGGUGAACCUGGACCACCGGGAAAGAUGGGAGAACCUCCUGGACCAAUGGGUCCAAAAGGUAUCCCUGGACUGAUGGGACAGAAAGGUGACACAGGCAGAGGUGGUCACAUGGGUCUCCCAGGUGAAAGAGGGAUGCUGGGGCCAGUUGGUCCACCAGGAAUAAAGGGGAAUUCUGGUGUGCAGGGUGCCAAAGGUGUGACAGGUCAUAAAGGGAAGCAGGGGGAUAAUGGUUCUCAUGGUCCGCCUGGUCUAAAAGGCUAUCCUGGACAACCUGGUCAACUUGGACAGAAGGGAAUGAAAGGUGUCCAAGGCACCAGCGGACCUAAAGGGGUGAAGGGCAAGCAAGGACCCCCAGGAAAAACGGGUUUACCAGGCAAAUACAGACCUAAACAAGGACAAGGACCAAAAUAUGGUUAUAGACCAAGUGAGACAUCUGAAACCUUAACAAGAUCCAACACAUCCAAGUCUGAACACAAGCUCCUUCAGAUACGGCAAAGACAACAAAAACAACAUAGUCCAGUGAAGACUGAAGUGAGAGAGUCUCAAGAAGAUGAGGCUAAUGAAGCUUUUCACUGGCCUCAAGGAACCAAAGAUGACCCUGGCACCACCUGCUAUGAGCUUGGGCUCAUACAUCCACAUCUGAAUGAUGGUUACUUCUACAUGGACCCCAACCAAGGUUGUCCCUAUGAUGCUGUGAAAGUGUUUUGUAACUUCACAGCAGGAGGAAGCACCUGCAUUGACCCUAUGCAGUCGCAGGUAAGAUUUCAUUGA